AUGGUUAGUGGUGUCUCACGUAAGAGACCAACGGCAUCCAACAGAAGACAUGCUAGGCAAACAGAACCUGAACCAGUGGAAGUGAAUGUCCCUGUGGAGGAGGAUGACGAUAUGAAUGUGAAUAAUGAUUAUGUUGACGACGAUAUUGGUGUGGAGAAUGACGAUGUUGAUAAUGAUAUUGGUGUAGAGGCCGACCUCACGAAAGACGAUGUUAGUGUGGAUGAUGACAACACAGAACCAGUUCCGAGUGCUCUAGAGGAUCCUUCAUUACUAAUUAGCUUUCGCAACCAUGUUGCUGCCGUUGUUUGGAAGAAAAAGGAACGGGGACCUCUUAAAUGUUUGAAUCGUUCUCGAAAGCUUGCCAAGUGGCUAUGGAUGUCACCAACAGUCCAAAAUGUUAGGUGGAGACAUUUGGUUGAGCAGUCUGGUCUUAAUGUCCUUAUUGAUCACACAUAUCAGCAUGGCAAUAAAGUGGCAAUAUCUGCCUUCGUUGAAAGGUGGCAUCCAGAGACAAAUACAUUUCACAUGCUAGAUGGUGGGAUGACUGUCACAUUGGAUGUUGUGCGAACCAUACUUGGCAUUCCAGUCACUGGCAUGGCUUUGUCAUGUCCUAAGUUAACAAGAUAUGAGGCUGCUGAACUGGUGAAUGCUAGUUUGGGAGUGCCAGUGAAUGAUGCAUUUGCAGAAUUAGUUCAAUCUUGUGGGAAAUCCAUGAAGUUAGAGUGGUUGCGAAUUGGAUUUUAUGAAGUUAACGAUACAAAUGAUGCAAAUUUCAUAGAAUACGCAGCGAGAGCUUACUUGCUAUAUUUAUUAGGUUGUACCCUCUUCGCUGACAAGAGUGGGAUUCGAGUACCUGUUGCUUACCUGCACAUGUUGACUAACAUUGAUGCUGUUAGCUCAUAUGCAUGGGGUGCUGCAGCUUUAGCAUUCCUAUAUAAACAAUUAGGACUUGCUAGUAGGGCUGGUGUUAAGCAGAUUGUUGGUUACUUGAAGCUAUUAGAAGCAUGGAUUUAUGAGCAUUUUCGUUUAGGAAGGCCUCAUCUAAAUUUGCCCUAUUCUGAUGAACAACCUCGUGUAUGUCGUUGGAGUCCGUGGAGAGAUGGAGGUUUUACAGAAGACCACUUGCAGAUAUUACGAGACCAACUUGACAUGUUACGUGCUAAUGAGAUGGAGUGGGAUCCAUACCGUUUAUGUAGGACACACCAUCCACUUCAUGAGGUUGCAUAUUAUACUGGAUAUUUGAAAUGCUUUGAUAUUGUUGAACCCUAUCACCCCAAUAGGGUUUUGCGACAGUUUGGUAGUGUCCAAACCAUCCCACCAGAACCAUUAUCUCAUCAGCAGCCAUCUGAAUGUGUACGGGGAUACCGUGAGUGGUAUGCUCGUGUUUCGCAUCGGGUUGUUCAAAAUCCUACACAUCACUCUCUGUUUGAUCCACGUGUUCAACGUCCCAAUAAUGAUGUUACUAUGGAUCCUGAGUGGUGUAAUGAUGCUGCUUUCAAUGUUGGUGCUGCAGUCCAUAGGCUCAGUCGUGAUGAGUGUGUCUUGUACCCUAACAUGCUGUAUGAAACCAUUGGUCGCAAGGUGCAAGUUCUUGAUGGACAGAGUUUGGGAUCUACUUCGACAUGUACAGAGCAUCAAGUCUACUAUCGUAAACGUCGUAAGAUGGACCGAACAUGA